UACGUAUAUCUAUUCUAUGGUUGACACGAGGUCGCUUUGUAAAAGAAGAGGUUAUCCUUAAAUAAGAAUCGUUAUGCGUAAUUUUCGGAAAUUGUCUCAAUUGAAAGAACGAAGAGAACGAACGUUAAAUGUACGUCUUCCCCACGUAAUAAAGGAUAAAAAAGAUGUUGAAUGCUUAUUUGUGGGUAAUUUUCACGUAAAAUUACCACGACAAUCUAGUAGAUCAUGUCACGUAGUCUUUCCUACCGUGGAGGAAAAAAACAAGAACUAUAAACUCGCAAGAGGUAAAACGGCUGUAGGCAACAAUAGCAAACGAGUUGUUAUUCAACCGCUCUCUGAUUUGGCAUUUAGAACAGAAACCAAGAAGAUAAAGAAAAAGAUUUUUAUACCCGAGAUCAAACCAGAUAUCCAAGUGACACAAACGGUAUUUGUCUCAAAUAUAGUAAAUGGUACGAAAUCACAUGAAAUAAGAAGUGCCCUUCCUGGGUGUGCUCGCGUUACUUUAUUACCAUCUUACAACAAGGACUUUAGAAUGUUGAUGCCAAAGAAGAAUCGUGUGGCUAUUUACGAGUACCUUUUCAAGGAGGGAGUCAUGGUAGCAAAGAAGGAUUAUCAUGCAUCGAAACAUCCAGAACUAGAAAAUAUUCCCAAUCUUCAAGUCAUCAAGGCUAUGCAGUCGCUGAAGUCUAGAGGAUAUGUAAAGGAACAAUUUGCAUGGAGACAUUUCUAUUGGUACCUUACAAACGAUGGUAUUGAAUACCUGCGUGGAUACUUACAUCUGCCACCUGAAAUCGUGCCCUCCACCCUUAAGAAACAACCGAGAUCCGAGACUACGAGACCGAGACCCGCCGCAACUAGAAGCGAAGGCUCGAGACCAACGGAAGAUCGUGCGGGAUAUAGACGAGGACCGGGCGGUCCUCCAGGUGCUGGUGACAAGAAGGCCGAUGUUGGUGCCGGUACGGGCGAUCUCGAGUUCCGCGGUGGCUUUGGUCGUGGAAAAGCCCUUCAAUAAUUUUUUUUUCUCAAAUAAAAUUAUGAAAUAAAUGUGUUCUGAGAAACAAGA